CCCCCCAAAACCAAAAUUAAUGUUGUUGGGUUUUGUUUGGCAGGGAUGGCGGGAAUACCAGACGAUGUUCCCGUAGAUUCUGAAAUGAAAGCGCCUUCUGGUUCUUCAUCUGCUGACUCAAAUGGGCCACCCCGAAUAUCUGGAGGAGUAACUGGAAGACGAGUCGCAUCAAAAUUGACUGGUGAAGAUGCUGUAGCGUAUCUCAAAGCAGUGAAGGAAGUGUUUUCCGACCGAAUUGACAUAUAUGAAAGGUUUCUUGAGGUCAUGAGAGAUUUCAAAACUCAUAGAAUUUUCACAGUAGAUGUCAUUGCCAAAGUAAAGGAACUAUUUGAAGGGCAUAACAACUUAAUUAUGGGUUUCAAUACUUUCUUGCCAGAGGGUAUUGAGAUAAGCCUCGAUGAAGAUGUGCCUCCAAAGAAGCCAGCUGAGUUUCGAGAAGCUAUCGACUUUGUAAACAAGAUAAAGGAACGUUUCCGAGAUGAUGACAACCGUGUUUAUAAGGCAUUCCUAGAUAUACUGAACAAGUACCGAAACGAGGACAAGCCUAUAACUGAGGUUUACCUUGAGGUUGCUGCUUUAUUUAGUGACCAGCCAGAUUUGCUUGAUGAGUUCACUAAAUUUCUACCAAAUGCAAAUCAUGUCUAAUAUGGAGAGAAGCAAUGUGUAUGCGGGAUAGGAGUACAGCAGGGUGCUAUCAUCCCAAACCGCAUGAUGGAAAAGCAGAAGGAGAAAUUGGACCAAUGGUGAUAGAGAAAGCCUUUUGAAUGUAGAAUAGGGAUAGGAGAAAGAGUGUGGAGAAUCACAGUAGAAACUACAGCUUUGCUUGGUGGAUUAUCAUUUCUUACCUCACCUCUUCAUGUGUGCAUAUCUUUAUAUUUAUCAGAGUAUACACGGCGUUUGCUAAUGAAAAACACAAUCAAGGUUUGGUUUUCGAUCAGAAUCUUUGGCUUUUAAGCCACCAUUUCAUCUCUCA